GAUUCCCUCCGGCCACGCUAUAUUAGUCAGUCCCGGUCUCCACAUCUCGACAGAGCAGACAGGACCAAACCAUUUCGUACGUGCUAGAACAAGAGUGAAGUGAAGCGAAGCGAUGAAGAAGACCGUCGUCCUGUACCCUGGCCUCGGCGUCGGCCACCUGGUGCCGAUGGUCGAGGUCGCCAAGCUGUUCCUCAAGCACGGCCUGGCCGUCACCAUGGCGCUCGUCGAGCCGCAGGUCAAGUCCACCGACUUCUCCGCUGCUGUCGCCCGCGCGAGGGCCUCCAACCCCUCCGUCGCCUUCCACGUCCUGCCGACGCCGACGCCGCCACCGCCUGCCGAUGCCAACACCGACGGGGCGCCCAGGCACCACGUCGUCAAGGUUAUCCAAUCGCUCGCGGCCAUGAACGCGCCCCUCCGCGACUUCCUCCGCUCGCUGCCCUCCGUCCACGCGCUCGUGCUCGACAUGUUCUGCGUCGACGCCCUGGACGUGGCAGCCGAGCUCAAGCUGCCGGUCUACUACUCGUUCGCCUCCGGCGCCGGCGACCUCGCCAUCUUCCUCAACCUGCCAAGCAAGUUCGCCAGCAACACGGCCAAGGUAAAAGAGCUCGGCGACUCCAUCGUCACCUUCCCGGGUGUUCCUCCGUUCAAAGCUUCGGAGUUGCCCUCCGAAGUUAUUGGAGACGGCGAAGCAUUCAUGUACCUCUUACGCAUGUUUGAGCGGAUGACAGAGGCGAACGGGAUUCUUAUCAAUUCCUUGGAAUCGCUGGAAAAGCCGGCAGUGACCGCUCUCAACGACGGGCUCUGCGUCACCGGUCGUGCGACGCCGCCGGUCUACUGCAUCGGGCCGUUGGUCUCGGGAGGCGGAGACAAGGAGCACGACUGCCUCCGGUGGCUGGACGCGCAGCCGGACCAGAGCGUAGUGUUCCUCUCCUUCGGCAGCCUGGGCACAUUCUCCAGUAAGCAGCUCGAGGAGAUCGCACUUGGUUUGGACAAGUCGGGGGAGAGGUUCCUGUGGGUCGUGCGGAGCCCGCGCAGUCCCGACCAGAAACACGGCGAUCCGCUGCCGGAGCCUGACCUCGACGCGCUCAUGCCGGAAGGGUUCUUGGAGAGGACCAAGGACAGAGGGCUCGUGGUCAAGUCUUGGGCGCCGCAGGUGGACGUCCUGCGCCACAGGGCGACCGGCGCAUUCAUGACGCACUGCGGCUGGAACUCGACGCUGGAGGGCAUCACGGCAGGGUUGCCGCUGCUGUGCUGGCCUCUGUACGCGGAGCAGAGGGUGAACAAGGUGCACAUAGUGGACGGAAUGAAGCUCGGGGUGGAGAUGAGAGGAUACAAUGAAGAGGUGGUUAAGGCCGAGGAGGUGGAAGAGAAGGUCAGAUGGGUUAUGGCGUCUGAGGGCGGCAAGGCACUCAGGGAGCGGGUGACGGCGGCGAAGGAUGCAGCUGCCGACGCGCUCAAGGAAGGAGGCUCGUCGUACUUGGCGUUUGACCAAUUCCUCAACGACAUGGGCACUUCCAUGGUCGCAACCGUUCAGAAUUAAUGUGAAACUUAUUGACCUUGAUAUUUGAUUUGUCGCGGCCUAGGUACAUUUCGACAUUAUAUGCGGACUAGGUUUAUUUCUGAGUUAAUUAUAUUAUUUUACAUAAAUUUGUACUAAUGUACAAAUUCA